AUGACUUCUGUUCAAUCCGCGCCUGCGAUGCAGGCCAACGUACCAUCCCUCCCGCCCAACCUUUCCCAAGCCCAGGUGCAGGAAGUCUAUCAAAAAUUCCAGCGCAUGAAGGCCCAGAAUGUCCCCGAGACCGAUCCUGAGUACUUGAAGGCAUAUCGAUUCCUCACUGCUGUUCAACAGCAGCAGAAUUACCGCAAGUUGCAGGCUCAAAAGCAGGCACAACUCCAGGCUCAGCAAAUGCAGGCUGCCCAAAAACCCCAACACCAGCCGCAACCACAAUUGAGCCAACAUCCUGGACUACAACUUAACGGAAAUGCCAACCCUCCAACGACCAAUGGAACUAGCAAUGGUCAACAAGACCCAGCGGGCGCGGUGGUCAAUGGGGCAGCUUCCUCCACCCCAAGCUCAACCUCUGGACCCAACUCAGCACAAGCUGUCGGAGCACAAGCACAGCGCGCUCCAGCCCAGGCGAAUGGCAGCUUCACAGCGGAACAGCUAAACUUACUGAGAACCCAGAUUUUCGCUUUCAAGACCCUGUCCAAGAAUCAGCCCUUACACCCCAGAAUACAGCAGCAACUAUUCCCGUCCCUGAAGCAACAAACUGCCACGCCUACGGAAAGCAUUCCCUCUGGGGAUAAAGUGGCGGAUGACGCUGUUGAAGCGAAGGAGGAUGGUACCUCAACCGAACUUGCUCGAGCCAAAUCUUUCUUCGAAACAUAUCAGUCACCGUACGACCUUCUCUUCAAGGCGAUUAGCUUCUCAGAUCAUUCGCAGCGCUCCAAGCGCCAAAAAAUCCCAAGCAUCUUGCCUCUUGGCCUUGACUCGGAUCAAGUUCGAGAGGAGCAAGAACGGCUGCUGUACAACCGCAUCCAGGCUCGAAAGGCCGAGUUGGCAGCACUACCUGUCAAUAUCGCGUCCUGGGACACUAGUAAAUCCGUCGACCCCACCGCUGAUGAUUCUCUUAAGCUCAAAGCAUUGAUCGAGUACAAGAAGUUAUGUCUACUCCAAAAACAGCGAGACUUCCGGCGUGAAAUCCAGCAAGAGCUCUUCUACUACGACAACCUGGCAAUGACAGCUAACCGAUCAAUGCAUCGUCGGAUGAAGAAGCAGUCUCUUCGAGAAGCCCGCAUCACUGAGAAACUCGAGAAACAGCAACGCGACGCAAGAGAGAACAAGGAGAAGACCCGACAAUCGAAUCACCUGCAGUCCAUUGUCGCUCACGCCCAAGAUAUCAAAAAUAAUGCCAUCAGUCAACGCUCGCGCAUUCAGAAGCUUGGUCGGAUGAUGGUCACUCAUCAUCAACACAUGGAGCGUGAAGAACAGAAGCGCAUUGAACGAACUGCGAAGCAACGUUUGCAAGCAUUGAAGGCAAACGACGAAGAGACAUACCUGAAGCUCCUCGGCCAGGCCAAAGAUUCUCGCAUUACACACCUUCUCAAACAGACCGAUGGUUUCUUGAAGCAACUUGCCGCCUCUGUCAGACAACAACAAAGAAGUGCUGCAGAGAAAUGGGGCGAAGACAAGUACACGGACGAAGAGGACGAAGAGGAGGGCGACUCGGAAGAUGAGGAAGGACGUGGCAAGGUGGAUUACUACGCCGUCGCUCAUCGAAUCAAGGAAGAGGUUAACGCCCAACCUUCAAUCCUGGUGGGAGGCACUUUGAAAGAGUACCAGCUCAAAGGUCUGCAGUGGAUGAUCUCACUGUUCAACAACAACCUGAACGGUAUCUUGGCCGACGAAAUGGGGUUGGGAAAGACCAUUCAAACCAUCAGUUUGAUCACCUAUUUGAUCGAGAAGAAGCGCCAGACCGGCCCAUUCCUGGUUAUCGUGCCUCUAAGCACACUCACGAACUGGAAUCUGGAGUUUGAGAAGUGGGCUCCCUCAGUCAGUCGCAUCGUGUACAAAGGCCCGCCAAACAGCAGGAAGCAGCAACAAAUGAGGAUUCGACAAGGUAGUUUCCAGGUCUUGCUGACAACGUACGAAUACAUCAUCAAAGACCGUCCUAUCUUGAGCAAGAUCAAGUGGGUGCACAUGAUCGUCGACGAAGGUCAUCGUAUGAAGAAUGCGCAAUCGAAACUGAGCAGCACCAUCACACAGUACUACACAACAAGAUACCGACUGAUCUUGACUGGUACUCCCCUGCAAAACAACUUGCCCGAAUUGUGGGCUCUUCUCAAUUUCGUUUUGCCCACGAUCUUCAAGUCAGUCAAAUCCUUCGACGAAUGGUUCAACACUCCUUUUGCAAACACUGGCGGGCAAGACAAGAUGGAGUUGAGCGAAGAAGAGCAGCUUCUCAUCAUUCGCCGUCUACACAAGGUGCUGCGACCUUUCUUGCUCCGUCGUCUCAAGAAAGAUGUGGAGAAGGACCUUCCUGACAAGCAAGAGCGAGUCGUCAAAUGUCGGUUCUCGGCACUCCAGACCAAGCUUUAUAUGCAAUUGAUGACGCACAACCGACUGGCUGUAGCCGACGGAAAGGGCGGCAAGACCAGCAUGCGUGGUCUCAGCAACAUGUUGAUGCAGCUGAGGAAACUGUGUAAUCACCCUUACGUCUUUGAACCGGUGGAAGACCAAAUGAAUCCUGGCAGAGGGACGAAUGACUCCAUCUGGAGAACCGCCGGAAAAUUUGAGCUUCUCGACAGAGUUCUGCCCAAGUUCCGCGCGACCGGCCAUCGUGUGUUGAUGUUCUUCCAGAUGACUCAGAUCAUGAACAUCAUGGAGGACUUCUUGCGGUAUCGUGGCAUCCAAUAUCUCCGACUCGACGGUGCCACCAAGGCUGAAGAUCGAUCUGAACUGUUGAGGGUUUUCAACGAACCAGGAUCACCGUACUUCUGCUUUCUGCUUUCGACGCGCGCAGGCGGUCUUGGCUUGAAUCUUCAAACAGCAGAUACUGUUAUCAUCUACGAUUCAGACUGGAAUCCUCACCAGGACUUGCAGGCCCAGGACCGUGCUCACCGUAUCGGACAGAAGAAUGAAGUGCGCAUUCUGCGUCUCAUCAGCUCGAAUUCAGUGGAGGAGAAGAUUCUGGAACGCGCGCAAUUCAAGCUUGACAUGGACGGAAAGGUUAUUCAGGCCGGUAAAUUCGACAACAAAUCCACCAACGAGGAGCGAGAGGCAUUCCUCAAAACCUUGCUUGAAGCUGCAGAAGCUGCCGACCAAGUAGGGGAUCAGGAGGAAAUGGACGACGACGAUCUGAACGAGAUCAUGGCUCGCACAGAAGAUGAGUUGGUCUUGUUCAAAAAGAUGGACAAGGAGCGUGAAGAGACCGAUCAAUAUGGACCCGGCCGCCCGCUUGCACGUUUGAUGGAAGAAAGCGAGCUCCCUGACAUUUACGUGGCCGAAGACAAUCCGGUUCAGGAAGAAGUAGAGGAGUACACGGGUCGCGGUGCCCGUGUCAAAACACAAGUCAAAUAUGACGACGGUCUUACUGAAGAACAAUGGCUUGCUGCUGUUGAUGAUUCGGACGAUUCGAUUGGCGAGGCGGCCAAACGCAAACAGGCUCGGAUUGAGAAGAGACGCACCAACAAGCUCAAACGUGAGCGAGAAGCCGCGGGUGUGGCAUCCUCGCCGGAGCCGGAACAGGAGAGUUCUGAGGAGGAGCCUCCCCCAAAGAAAAAGGGCCCUGGACGGAAGUCGGCAGGCCAGAAGCGUAAGGCCGAGGAAAUUGAGGAUGAGCCACCAGCGACGAAGCGCAAGAGAGGAAAGCAACCCAACAAGCCGGCCAUCGAUUCGCUCGGUAGUUCGGAGCGAUCUGCGCUACAAAAAGCUCUCAAGGCUGUGUUUGGGUCUAUCAAGGCUCUCGAAGUACCGGACUCGGAUUCGGAGCAGCAGUCUGAAGAUGAGAGCGACGACGAACCGCCGACAAGAUUGAUUAUCGGGCCGUUCCUAGAGCUGCCGCCGAAGAAAGUGUAUCCGGAUUAUUACAGCUUCAUCACGGAACCGAUCGCCAUGGACAUCAUUGAGAAACGGAUCAACAGCCACCAAUAUACGAGCCUCAAGGAUUUCCAGAGUGAUAUUGCGCUCCUGGCGAAGAACGCAAAGACGUACAAUGAGGACGGCAGCAUGCUGUAUAACGAUGCAAUUGCCAUUGAGAAUCACUGCAACGAGAUGGUAGCCAAGCAGAUUGCAGAGAACCCCAUUCUAGGAGAUAGAGGGCUGGCGGAUGGCGACUCGACAGCAGCAGGUUCGAGUACGGGAACGCCUCGAGGAUCCGUGGCACCAGCUGGCGGGACCAAGCUGAGACUGACAUUGGGCUCCGGCAGCAAUGGAGUGGCGACGAAUGGCACUACCAGCGGCGCCGGGAGCGGAGCAGAAUGA